AUAUGCAGUACCAUAAUUAUAACAUGGAACUACCUAAAAAAUUAAUUGAUCCCAUAAUUGUUCUAUCCUUCCAAAGUCAAAUACAACUCAUUUAUUCACAUAUAUAUGAAGGUGAAGCUCUCUUCAUCUCUGCAUAUUCCACAUAUAAAAAAAACAAGUAGAGUAGCAAUCAUGAUUAAAAGGUGGAGAAACAAUUUAAAGAAAAAAAUGAACAACAACAACAACAACAUCAUCAUCAACAACAACAUAGCAAACAAAUGGCAACAACUUAGCGGCGAAAAUCAAUGGAAAGGACUAUUAGACCCUUUAAACAUUGAUCUUCGACGCUACAUAAUCCAUUACGGUGAAAUGGCACAGGCAACCUACGAUGCUUUCAAUACAGAGAAAGUAUCGAAGUUUGCAGGUAGUUGUAGGUACGCAAAGAAUGAUUUAUUUUCCAAAGUUUUUUUGGAAAAUGGAAAUCCUUUCAAAUAUUCCGUGACAAAGUUUAUUUAUGCAACUUCCGGAAUCAAUGUUCCGGAAGCAUUUAUUGUAAAGUCAUUAUCUAGAGAAGCAUGGAGCAAGGAAUCAAAUUGGAUUGGAUAUGUUGCUGUGGCUAAUGAUGAAGGAAAAAAUGUGUUGGGUAGAAGAGAUAUUGUUAUUGCUUGGAGAGGAACAGUUCAAAGUUUGGAAUGGGUUAAUGAUCUUGAAUUUAUUUUGGUUUCUGCUCCUAAAGUGUUUGGUAACAACAACAUUAAUAAUCCUAAAGUACAUCAAGGUUGGUACUCAAUUUAUACUUCUGAAGAUCCAAAAUCUUCCUUCAAUAAGACCAGUGCCCGAGACCAGGUCCUAAGUGAGGUAAGAAGGUUGGUGGAGAAAUACAAGAAUGAAGAAAUAAGCAUAACAAUAACAGGACACAGUUUAGGUGCUGCAAUUGCAACACUAAAUGCAAUAGACAUUGUUACAAAUGGUUACAACAAACCAAUUGAUCAAUCUCAUAAGGCAUCACUAGUUACAUCAAUUGUUUUUGCAAGUCCAAGAGUUGGUGACAUAAACUUUCAAAAGGUUUUUUCUAGCUACAAAGAUCUUUCAUCGUUACGCAUUCGAAACGAGUUAGAUAUUGUACCAAAUUACCCUUUCAUUGGAUAUUCAGAUGUUGGUGAAGAAUUAAAAAUUGAUACAACAAAAUCUAUGUAUUUAAAGAGUCCAGGAAAUCCAUUAAGUUGGCAUAAUUUGGAAGCUUAUUUGCAUGGUGUAGCUGGAACACAAGGGAUUAAAAGAGGUUUUAAACUUGAGGUUAAUCGUGAUAUUGCACUUGUGAAUAAGUCUUUGGAUGCUUUAAAAGUUGAAUAUCUUGUGCCAGUGUCAUGGAGAGUUGUGGAGAAUAAGGGUAUGGUUCAACAAUUAGAUGGUUCUUGGAAGCUUAUGGAUCAUGAGGAUGAUGACUUUUAAUUAAUAUGUCCUUGAUAUAAUUGAGAGUUUAUUCAUGUUCAUUGUGAUUAAUUAUUUUUUUAGUUUAAGGUUGUUGUCAUUUUGUAAUGUUGCGUGUUUAAAUCACUUUAGAAAAAAUAUGUCUUACAAUCAUUAUUUUUUCUAAAAGAAUUGACUUCUAAGUAUGGAAGUGUGAAAAUAAAUAUUCAUGGAUAUGUUAAUUAAAAACAAAAUCAUAAAUAUGUAUCAAUGAAUGUGAUUUUUAGUAGGAUUGAUUUUGCCAUCUAAAAUGAUUUAGCAGCGCAACUUGUUGUCAGUCUAUCUUUUAUCCAGGUGUAAUACCCCAUUAAGUAGUGAACUCAGA